UGCUACGCCUGAUGCAACUUACCCGACCGGGCAUUGCCCUGGCCCGACCGGGUCUUCUGGACAGCCAACGUCCCAGGGGACCGCCAAAGCGGAUUUGGUUGGUGAUUAUAACGUUUUAGAGAUUAUGCCUACUGCCCAGGGGUCUUCUGAUGAUGAGUGCUCCGAUUCUGACUCGGAAGAUAUUGAGAGGUUAGUAAUGGAUGAAAAAGAUUUGAGGAUUGAUGAUGUGGUCGUCAAAGUUGUGAUCACCAAAGGUAAGGCAUUCAAGUUUCAUGUCAAACCGUUUAAGUUUGUGCACAUGAGUGUGGUUAGAGUUGAUACUUCGCUUCGGCUUACGGAAGAUUUGGAUGGGAAAGGCCUUACUUUCGUGACCAAAUGCCUUGAGGCGAAACCGGGAGUUACAAAGAAGAAAGGGGAAAUAUGUUUUGACUCUAGGUUCACUUCUCCGUUCCGAGCUUUCUUUGGAGCUUAAAUUAGGGAUACCUAAUUUUAUUUUAUGAUAGCUUGCUUGUAGCUUUGAAUCUCUUGAGUUUUUGGGCUCUCGUUUGUUGAAUUUAGGAGGACUUUUCUUGCUUGAUUUUGUGGUAUCCCAUAUACUAGGAUAUGCACUUUUAUUGUAACAUUAACUUGUUAUUUUUCUUGGGUGUUAAUAUAUACUUACAUUUCAUCCAAAAAAAAAAAUUGA